AUUGUGUGUGUCAUGCUAACCCAACUCAAAAACUGGAACCUGUUGGAAGUUGAGUGGAAACUGAGAUUCUGAGAGGAAUCAGCCCUUUUCCGUAUACUUUACUUGAACAAGCCGUUUGAGUUCGGCGUGUUUAAUAAAUAAAAUCACAAGACAACGUUGUCUUGCGCCUGAAAGUGUUGUGGAGACAAAACCACAAUACAGUUUUAGAAUGGAGAAGACAGCAGUUAAAGUUCGAUGCCAGAGGAUUGGGUGCGACGCCAUGUUCUCCGAGGCCGACAACCCCGACGGUUCCUGUCGAUACCAUGAUUCGGGACCUAUAUUUCAUGAUGGAACAAAAGAAUGGAGUUGUUGCAAGAAAAGAAGUCAUGAUUUUAGCUUGUUUUUGGAAAUUCCAGGAUGCAAGACAGGAAAACAUACAACAGUUAAGCAAGUUAUUACACCAGUGAAGAAGAACACCAUGCCCUCUCCAACUGCUGUUUCUUCUACCAAUGCAUCAUCAAAGGAGUCUUGUCCCAGAUGUCGGCAGGGUUUCUUUUGCUCAAAUCACGGCUCGCAAAGCAAACCUGUAAAUGUUGUUGGAGACAAGGCUGCAAAUCUUGCUGGAGAUGUCUCUGCUGAUAAUAAUUCAAGUGUUGAGGCUCCGAAACCUAAGAAGAUAGUUGAUAUAAAUGAAGCCCAAGUAUGUAAAAAUAAAGGAUGCGGUCAAACUUUCAAGGAAAAGGAUAAUCAUGACACUGCUUGCAACUACCAUCCUGGCCCUGCUGUUUUUCAUGACCGGAUGAGAGGGUGGAAGUGCUGUGAUAUUCAUGUAAAAGAAUUUGAUGAGUUUAUGAGCAUUCCUCCGUGUGCAAAGGGAUGGCAUAAUGCGGAUCCAGAGUCCUGAUCACUGGAGACACAGAAGGACGAGUUAUUUUCUUACAGUUGCAGAUCCUCUAAAUGAAAUGGAAAAGGGGUUUGUUGAUUCAUUGUUGUCGAUUAAUUAGAGCAAAACAUUGUCUACUCUUUUUUCCGUCUCCCUCAUCCCCCUUUGGACUGUUCAAACUCUAUGGUUAAUUUGAGAAGCUAUAAGAGGUCAUUCCAUCAGGAUGAUUACUGUGGUCUGUGGAUAGUGUAGAAUGUGAAGUUGUCUUGUGUUCUUUGAAUGUUGCUAUUUGCUUUCGUUUGGCUGGUUUGGACGGCUAAUUUUGAAAGAUGUUGAAUUAUGGUUUUGUCCACAAUGGUCUUGUCUCCUGGGCAAAAAUGUUUUUUUUAUUUAUUCAUUAUUGAAACGCUUUAUUAGGCUA